AUUUAGAUACAGAUAGAUUCUUGAGAAAUGAAAUUUUAAUGUUUUUAUUAGGUUAAUGCGAAUAUGGCAAAUUUAAUGUCUUAAAAACCACCAAUAUGGCGCAAGGAAAAUUAAAAACAAAGGCAAAAGUACCUCAAAACGUAAAAACAAAAAAAUCUAAGGGGAAUGCUGUUACAAAGAGAUCUAACUGUCCAAUUAAACCUAAAAAAAAGCAACACGAUGAAACUCAAAAGUUAAAACAGAUUGUAAGUAAAGCUGUUAAUAAAACCGUAGAACAAGAGAUUCGAACUAGAGCUAUGGGUAACCAAAAAAAAUUAUCGAAGGUUCAAGAAGCUGUGGCAAAGCAUCAGUCGAAACCUAAACCUUAAAAUGAAUACCAAUAUUUAUUAUUUAAUUGGAGACAUAUACUUGUAAAUAAAAAUUAUAAAUUGUGAUACUGACAAGAA